UUAUAUUAGUUGUAUUUCGGGGUCUGACUUGGGAGAGAGCAUGUAAACAUCCAUAUUCCAUAUUUCUCAAACUCAUUAUUUUUCAUUUUGAGAUUGGUACAGGCAUGGAAGAAUCAUUGUCCCAUCCUCCACAGAUGAGUUUUGAUGUUUUCUUAAGUUUCAGCAAGGAAUACGAACUUUUUACUGCGAAUCUAUGCCGGUCUUUGCGUAGUCGAUUGAGAAUAAGAAUUUUUAUGGAAGAUAAGACCAAGCUCUCGUUUGAGGAUAAUCUUAGCAAAAAGAUUGUGGAAGCAAUCGAAGGAUCAAUGUGUUCAGUCGUUGUUUUAUCAAAGCACUAUGCUUCUUCCAAGUCGUGUUUAAAAGAGUUGGCUAAGAUAAUAGAUCACAUGGAAAAUACGACACACCUGGUCCUUCCUGUGUUUAAAGAUGUUGAUCCUAUUCAUGUUCGACAUCAAUCUGGGAAUUUGAAGAAAAGUUUCGAUGAAUACGAAAAAAGUGCUCAAGAACUCAUGGACAAUGAGCAAAACGAAAAACACUUGAAGGAGAUUGAACGAUGGAGGGACGCUCUGACUAAAAUUGCCAAUCUCUCCGGGCCGGCGACAAAAUUAGUAAGCGGAGUGAUAGGGAUCUCGAGAAUCACAAAGCAGAUAUCAGACAUGUUGCAUCAUCUUAAGUUGGUAGCUGAGAACAGGUAUUUAGUUGAAAUGCCACCUCGACUGGGUCGAAUGAAUAUGCUUCUUGGUAAUUUAGAGUCAAAUGACGUACGUUUUGUAGCGAUAGUAGGGAUGGGUGGUAUUGGUAAGACAACCAUCGCUGAACUUUUUUACGACCAACUUGCACCAAAAUUUAUGAAGUCUUGCUUCCUUCGCAUUGCUGGUUGCAAUUUAGUCUCAUUGCAACAACAACUACUUUCUCAGCUUCUUUUGUCGAAAACCAACAUACACAUUUUGAACGAGAAUGAUGGAGUACGGAAGAUUCAGAGACAUUUGAAAUUUGAAAGGGUUCUUAUUGUUCUUGAUGGGAUCCAUGAGAAAAUGCAACUAAAAAUGUUAGCCGGAAAUCCUUAUUGGUUCGGUCGAAAGAGUCGAGUCAUUAUUACAACCAGAAAUAAAGAUAUUUUUCAUCAUCCAAACUACAGAGAUAAAGUGCAAGAAUACAAUGUAGAGUUACUUCAUGAUACAACUGCCCACUCGCUGUUAUGCAAGCAUGCAUUUGGUGAUGAUGAACCUCCUAAUGAGACUUUUAAGGAUCUUUGUAAUGAGAUCAUCGAAAAAGUCGGAAGACUUCCAUUGGCUUUGAUAAAAAUUGGAUCCUCUCUAUAUGGUCAAACUAUGGAUAUAUGGGAAGGAGCAUUGAAGAGUUAUCAUAAACUGGUUUACGAAAAUCUUUUCUCUGCUAUAUUAAAGACAAGUUAUGAGGGAUUGGAAGUAGAGAGCCAGCAGAUUUUUCUGGAUUGUGCAUGUUUCUUCAAUGGAGAGAAGGUGGAUAGGGUGGUUGAAAUACUUGAGAGUUUUGGUUAUAGUUCACCCCACACUAAACUACAAUUGUUGGUCGAUAGAUGUCUUAUUGAUGUUUCGGAUGAGAGGAUACAAAUGCAUAACUUGAUUCUUUGUAUGGGUCGAGGAAUUGUGCUGGCAACUCAACAAGGCAAACAAAGUAGGAUUUGGCUUCGAGAAGAUGCCCACCGCGUCUUUCAUGAAAAAAGUGAACUGAAAUACAUUCAAGGAAUAGUGAUGGACCUAGAGGAGGGAGAAGAAUUAGUAGUGGAGGCCAAGUCGUUUACAGAUAUGACUGAGUUAAAAAUAUUACAAAUUAACAAUGUGGAACUUUCUGAAGACAUUGAAUUUCUGUCAAACCAAUUGAGAUUGCUCCACUGGCCUGGCUAUCCCUCAAAGUGUUUGCCAUCAACUUUUCAACCACCAUCUCUACUUGAACUACACUUGCACGGUAGUAAACUUGAACGACUUUGGGAGGGAAGAAAGAAAUUUGAGAAGUUGAAGGAGAUUGAUGUGAGUGAAUCAAAGCACUUGGUUGAGACUCCUGAUUUUUCAGAGGUUCCAAAUCUUCGAAGAUUGAUUUUACGGAAUUGUGGAAAACUGGAUGUGGUUCACCCUUCCAUAAAUAGCCUCGAACGUCUUGUUUUACUAGAUCUCGAGGGUUGUAUCAGUCUUAGAAGCUUUUCGUCCAAUUAUAUCAAUUUCAAAAGUCUCAAAACUUUAAUGCUUUCUAACUCAGGUCUUGAGUGUUUUCCAGAGGUUGGAGAGCCUAUGGAUCGUUUGACUGAACUUCACCUUGAAGGAACUAUCAUUAAUGAACUUCCUCUCUCAAUUAGGCAUCUAACUAGCUUGGUUUUAUUGAACCUAAGGAAUUGUACUGGACUUUCAAGUCUUCCAAGCGAAAUAGGUAGUUUGAGUAAUCUUAAGACUCUGAUUUUGAAUGGCUGCAAAGAGCUUAAGGAAAUUCCACCAAAUUUGGGGGAUGUAGAGUCUCUUGAGGAGCUUGACAUUGGGAGAACAUCUAUAAGCCAGGCACCACAUGCCAUUCUUUCUUUACGGAAUCUUAGAAUUUUAAACUGUGAAGGGCUAAAUAGCUUGGCACUCUUUGACUGGUUUAUCGAGAGAUUUUGGGUCACUCUUAAAUCUAAAUCUAGUGACUGUAAUCUUUUCAGUGAAAGUAUUCCUAAUGACUUCUUGCACUCUUCAACUGGUUUGACUGGUUUUUCGAGAGAUUUUGAGUCACCCAGAGAUCAUCUAAAUCCAAAUGAUUGUAAUCUUUUGGACGAAAGGAUUCCCAACGACUUCAGGCACUCUUUGACUGGUUUUUCGAGAGAUUUUGGGUCCCCCAGAGAUCUAAAUCUAAGUGACCAUGAUCUUUUGGGUGAAAGUAUUCCCAAUGACUUCAUGCACUCUUUGACUGAUUUUUCGAGAGAUUUUGGGUCACCCAGAGAUCCAAAUCCAAGUGACUGUAAUCUUUUGGAUGAAAGUAUUUCCAACGACCUCAUGCACUCUUUCACUGAUUUUUCUAGAGAUUUUGGAUCAUCCAGAGAUCUAAAUCUAAGCGACUGUAAUCUUUUGGAUGAAAGUAUUUCCAACGACCUUCGACACUCUUUGAGAGGUUUGAGAGAUUUUGGGUCACUUAGAGAUCUAAAUCUAAGUGACUGCAGUCUUUUGGAUGAAAGCAUUCCCAAUGACCUUCACUGCUUUUCUUCAUUAGAAAUUCUAGAUCUUAGCAGCAAUCAGUUUGUAGAGCUCCCAAAGAGCCUCAACCAUCUCAUUAACCUAAAAGCAUUGUACUUAAAUGAUUGCAAUAAGCUUCAGAAAUUACCAACGCUUCCAGCAAGUUUACAGUAUGUGGGAGGAGAGAAGUCCUUGGACAUGUUGAGAAAUUCUCAAGGUUCCUCAGCAAACACAUCAUCAUCUUUUCCCAGUUAUGUGACGACAGAACUAGACGAAUUCUUAAAAGAAGUCGAACUCAUAGCCUACAGCCCUGAAGUAGAUGUCGUCAAUAAUAUGGGAAAGCAGUGUUCUGAGUUAGUAGCUUCCAGCAAAACUUUAGUUGGAAUGGAGAUUCAGUUGGAGAAAGUGUGUAAUCUUCUAGCUUUAGAAAGAUCCAACAACAUACUCCUUGUAGGGAUUUUUGGAAUAGAUGGUAUUGGUAAGACAAGCAUUGCUGAAGUUGUUUACGAUACAAUUGCAAACAAAUUUCAGAAUAGUUGUUUUCUUCACCUUUCAAAGCAAAAUAAUUUAGUCUCACUUCAACAUCAAAUGCUUUCUCAACUUCUAUCCAAAGAAAUUAAAAUUUGGGAUGAGGAUUAUGGAGCCCAAAUGAUCAAGGAUCACAUGAGUAGUAGAAAGGUUCUUCUUGUUCUUGAUGGAGUUGACGAAAAAAGGCAAAUCGAAAAGUUAGCUGGAAGUCCAGAUUGGUUUGGACCAGGGAGUAGAGUUAUUAUUACAAGUAGAAACAGAGAUGUUCUCCAUCAACCUAAUUACAAAGAUAAAAUGCAACUGCAAGAAUACAACGUGGACUUACUUUCUCAUGAAAGUGCCUACUCGCUCUUCUGCAAGCAUGCAUUUAAAGAUGGCCUUCCUGAUAAUGAUAAGAAUCAUCUUUGUAAUGAGAUUGUCGAAAAGGUUGGAAGACUUCCACUGCCUUUGAGAACCAUUGGAUCCUUUUUGCAUAAGAAAGACUUGAUUGUAUGGAGGGAAACUUUGAAGAGUCUUGGUCAAGUGGAAGAAGAUUUCUUUGAUACGAUAUUGCAGAGAAGUCGUCGAAAAAACUUACGCCAGGGACCCAUCUAGUUUUUCUUUACUGAAGAUCAGCAUGCCAGGAAAAUAGAUAAUCUUGGAAAUGUGCUUAUGAAGAGAAAAGGGCCAACAAAGUAUGUUUCCGUUUGCUUUUCAAAAUUUCAAGUAAUUCGUUCAGUUUCUAUCCUCCAAACAGAGGGCUUUCUGUCAAUUUAUGUUUUCAAAUGUGAUUGUGUUGUGAUGAAAGAUGACGAACUGAGAGAGGAAUUCAAAAGGUUUAUGAGUUUGUUAAUUUUUAAAUUAUGAGAUCUUAAUUUUGAUGUAAAGAACCAUCGGUUUUCUGUCUGCAAGGGAUUUGGGUGCAAGAAAUUAUGGAUGUUUGUAAAUUUAAUUGAAUUUCUGUUUUGGAUUUCAUUGAA